ACGAAUGAGAAAAACAAAGGCAAAAAGUGGUCCCAAUUCGAAGUUGGAACCCUAAACGCCUCCCUCGCGAUAGCCAGUGACGUCCAUCAGUCGCAUCUCACCAUCUUCUUCCUUUCUUUCUGAAACCCUAAAUUAUUCAUUACCAGUCCAAUCCAUUACAUUACCUUACCUUACCUUACUCUUCCCCUUCUAUUCAAAGGCGGCUUCUUUUCUCCUCUCGUCAGAGGCCAGAGCAAACCCUAGAAUUAUACUAAGAAGAAGAAGAAGAAAACAAAACAAAAUCCCCAAAUCAUUUUUAAAAAAAAGGAAGAAAUGAGCAGGCUUUCGUUUCGACCGCGUCCGCUGGACAUUCACAAGAAGCUGCCUAUCGUAAAAUCUGUUAAAGAAUUUGAAGAAGAUGACAACAACACUCCGAAUUCAACACGCAACUCUCAGCAGCAGCAGCAGCUUCUCCUCCGCAUCUCUUCUUCACUUGCUCCUGCUCCUGCUCCUGAUAUUGACCAAAAUGAUGUCCACCAACACCACCACAUUAUUCCUUCAAAGAAAGUUGCUGCCGAAAUACCUACUCCCCAGUUUGUCGUUGUUGAUACCUAUGAAAGGGAUUAUGGUCGCACUUUUGCUCCCCCCACUUCCUAUCUUCGCGCUAGGGGAGCUCGAGCUGAGCUUGGUGAGUUUGUUGAGUAUGAUUUGGAUAAUGAGGAUGAGGAUUGGCUUCAUGAUUUCUACAAAAAGGAUAGGAAGAAUCUUCCGCCUGAAAAGUUUGAACUUCUGCUUUUCAAGUUGGAGGUGUUGGAUCAUAAAGCUCGGGAAAGAGCAGGGGUUAUAACGCCUACUCUUGCUUCACCAAUCCCUGUACUUCUACAAUUUGAUGCAGCUCUUGAGGCCUUGCAAGCUCAACCUCAAACUCAGUCCACCCGUUAUGCAGUUUUCCAGUCUGUCUAUAAUUAUUGGAAAGAUAAGCGUGAAAGAUGGAAGAAACCAAUUCUACGGCGUUUGCAGCCUCCUCCGCCAGUUAAUGAUACCAAUCCUUACAAUGUGUUUAGACCAAGGGAGAAGGCCCACAGGCUGCACACCAGAAGGAUGCAAAGGAGGGAAAAUAAUGUGCAAUCAUUUGACAAGCUUCGCCAGGUCAGACGCAACCUUGAACAAGCCAAGACCAUACUUGAGGCUCUGAUUAAGAGAGAGGAGAAAAAGAGAGAGGCGAUGGAGAGUGAGGUGAGCCUCCAAAGGAUCCAAAUGAAGUACAAGCAUGAAACUGAGCUCCUUGAAGACAGCUUGGCUGUUCCUGGAUUCCCUCUCUCUUCCAAGUUCGCUUCAAGUGAAGAUGAAUUUGUUGAUUCAGAUGACCAUGCAAACAGCCGUCCGCGUAGCAGACCUGCACUUCAAAAUCCACCUGUGACGGACUCCAAUCCGCUGGCAGCUCCAGCUGUAACCGUGAAGCAAGAGUUUAGACGGCGGCAUACACCACUUGGAUGGCUCAAUAAAAUGGACCCUCUUGAGCCAGUGCUUUUGUUCACAAAGCCUCUUGUUCCAGAAAAGUUGGCAGCUGCAGGCAUUGUACCACCAGCAGAUUCGUCAAUGAAGAACGAUACAUCAAUGCCACCAUAUAGAUUUCAUGGAAGAAUUGGCCGGGGUGGGCGAAUUGUAUUUGAUAGAUGGAACCCAUUGUUACAAACUCCAAUUGAUCUUGGUAACUCUUUUUAUAUACCGCCAAGACCGAGGCCUUCAACAUACAAUUGAAAUGUUUACUUGCUUUAAAUCCCACAUCCAGCUGUGACUGGUGACCCACUGGGAAGAGAGAUCCAUUUGAUGUAUUAAUUGUAAUGAUACAGUGGAACGGAGGGAAUCUGCAGGAAUGGUGAAUAUAGCAAUGAGCCUAUUUGCCAGUA